CAGGAAGCUUGGAGCUCAAGGUCAAGUUCACUCUGGGCUCCGCCCCCAGCCUGGGUCAAGGUUAGUUAGUCUUGGGGCGAUCUGUCCGGUGACCCGAUCCCCACCCUGGUCGAGCAGCAAAUCCGCGGUCCCUGUUGACCCCUGAGAGCGUCUCCCGGUACCGCCGCGGAGCCCCGCGACGCGCAGGUAAGCACAGCCAGCGGCCGUGGCUGCCUGCUUCUGCCCGCGUGGGUGCCCACGAAGCCUUGAGUCCCGGCGAACCUACCAAGCCCACGUGACUUUCGGCGGCGGCGACUCGGGCGCGCGCGCGCACGCGGCGUCAGAUGGCGGCGGAACGCAAAACCUUGCUAGCCCCACGGUCACGUUUCUGACGGAUAGGCUCGGGUUCGGAUCCCUCCUGCAGCACGUAUACAGUCAGUUAAAAAAUGGACUGUGAUGGGAAAAUGUAAUUGAAGUUGACCCUGCAUCACCAAGUUGGCUUUGGUUACAGCGUUGUUCUAUCCCAGCAACAGAAACCCUAACAAAGACAGUGACUCCGGCCUGUCCUCUAGAUGUGUUUUUCAGUGUCUCAUAGCAACAGCAGGGUGGCCACUGCGGGUGUGGAUGUGUGUGACAACAUGAAGAACCGAAUUCCUGUGGUGCUUCUGGCCUGUGGUUCCUUCAACCCCAUCACGAAUAUGCACCUGCGCUUGUUUGAGGUGGCCAGAGACCACCUACACCAAACAGGAAUGUACCAGGUGAUCGAGGGCAUCAUCUCGCCUGUCAAUGACAGCUAUGGGAAGAAAGACCUGGUGGCUUCCCAUCACCGAGUGGCCAUGGCCCGGCUGGCCCUGCAGACAUCUGACUGGAUUCGCGUGGACCCCUGGGAGAGUGAGCAGGCACAGUGGAUGGAGACAGUGAAGGUGCUGAGGCACCAUCACAGAGAGCUGCUCAAAUCCUCAGCCCAGAUGGAUGGCCCAGACCCCAGCAAAACACCAUCAGCCUCUGCAGCACCACCAGAGCUGAAACUCCUCUGUGGAGCUGAUGUCCUCAAGACCUUCCAGACUCCCAACCUCUGGAAAGAUGAGCACAUCCAGGAGAUAGUGGAGAAGUUUGGCUUGGUGUGUGUGAGCCGGAGUGGUCAUGACCCGAAAAGGUACAUCUUGGACUCACCCAUCCUCCAACGGUUCCAGCACAACAUUCACCUGGCCAGGGAACCCGUCCUGAACGAGAUCAGUGCCACGUACGUCAGGAAAGCCUUGGGCCAAGGGCAGAGCGUGAAGUACCUCCUCCCUGAGGCUGUCAUCACCUACAUCAAGGACCAGGGCCUCUACGUCAAUGACAGUUCCUGGAAAGGAAAAGGAAAGACUGACUAGAGGGCCUCCUGGGGAGUCGGGGUUAUUUUGCUAUGGGUUCUGUGUUUGCUUCCACGAUGGUUUUACCAUGGGUGACUUCCUACUCCAGAAAGAGAUUGUGCCUGUGUGGCAGGGACAGCCAUGUCUCAGAGCAGCUUAAGAGGCAUGACAGGUCAUAGGAUUGGGCAAAACCUCUCAGGGUCACUAAGGAGGAGACCUGCUAACUGCAUAAAUGGCAGUCAUCGGAGGCACGCCGAUACUGUUCUGAGCGUGGCUGGCCCCUGAGUGGUCCAUCACAGUCGCUCUCCAUCCGGUUUUUUGUUUGUUUGUUUGUUUGUUUGUUUUUAAACUCAGGCCGGGUGCAGCAUGCUGGUCACGAUAGGCAGGAUUUGACGGAGUGCUAAUUACUGAACAGAGGGCCUUUUCAAUUAUCCUUGUUUCAAACAGAAUAAUAGCAAGUGAGGAUUCAGAAAUCUGGAAACAGCACAUCAUUGAUUUCCACUGUAUCCUCCCUAGCAAACCAUGGCCCACCCACCCACCCGUCUGCCUGCCUGUGGUGUAACAUAAAAUUUUUGACCACCCUCUUUCUAUGUUGUGAUCAAGCGAUAUGUGUUUAAGAUCUAUUUUAUUAUAUGUGUAUAUGUGUAUGCAUGUGUGUGUCGGCAUGCACAUGGGAAGGACGUCAGAGGGUCUGAAGCCCGAGUGACUGGCAGUCGUGAGCCACCUGUUGUGGGUGCUGGGACCUAAACUCCAGUCUUAUGGGAGAGCAGCAAAUGCUGUGAAUCACUGAGCCGUCUCUCCAGCCCCUCAAGCGAUAUUUUUGAUACAACAUGUAUUUUUACACUGCUCUACUCGAAACACCAGGGUUUCCCAAUAUCCUGAUUUCUAAAAAAGAACUGAAGUAAAACAGCUGCCUGGCUGUUUUAGACGAUCUUUUGAAUGUUUCAUGACUGCCUGCUUGUUUGAAUAUUGGCAAAAGGAUAAAUAAUAAAUUGACAUCAAAAAAAUA